GAUGAGAUGGUGCGUAUGAUUCUAGAAGGCUGCCCCACUCUGCUCUACCUGAACCUGUCCUUCUCAUAUGUGACCAACGGGACUCUCAGAGAGCUCUCCAGGUAAACACCCAUAGACCACAGCUACUCCAGUGAUGGAAAAGGUUUCCCAUUUCAUUAGAACACAGUGUAUGCACAGUAAAGCAGUUAUUGUUUCAGGUCCAUGGGUUAAUGUCAGUUGACAUUGAGGACUGCUUUUACCACCUCUUGUCUGCAAAGCCUUUAUAAGGGCCUGUUAUUGUUCCCUCUGUGCUGAAGUACCCAUUGGCCCAAGCAGACAGAGCCUGCACACUCUUUCUCUCUCUCAUCUCCUAAUCUAGGAGAUGGGUCUCUCCUCUCUCUCUCUCUCUCUCUCUUCUGAAUGGAAAAUAGUCACUUAAAUCCCAGGCCAUCGCUAUUACUCAUGUCAUAAUCAGUUAGGAUUACCCAAUACUGUUAUCCCAGUGAUGUAGUGGGAUGAUGUGGCACGCCGAAACAGAAAUACUGAGAGGAACAGAGAGAAACAGAUUGAGAAAUAGAGAAGCCAAACGUUUGUGUGUGUGCGCACAUGCAGGACCUUGACCAUGUUUCUUUGUAUCCUUUGUAUCCAAAGAAUGUUACACCUGAAAGCAAUUCCAUAGGCUCCGUUUUUUUAAAAACCUUAUGAGCUUAUAGACUAGAAAUCAUUGGAACCUAGCAGUGUGAAAAUGCUUCACAGACCUGGCUGAGAAUUAACCUGGAGAAAUAGUCUUAUUUCAUUUAAACUCCAAAGACGUUCAACCCUCAGCUGCUGCUGUCAACACAUGCCUACACUCCGCUCUCUCUCUAUGGCAGUCCCUUCUCUCCUCCUCUCUGUCUCUCUGUCCAUCCUUCAUCUCUGCUGUUCUUGUGGGAUUUCUCUUGAUUAACAAUGUCUAAACUCAGGUUUAGAAGGAAAAGCUUCUCCCAAUCAGAUGCCACAGUCAAUUUACAACUCUGCCUACCUCACGUCUCACCAACCCGCUCAACCCCUUUCCUGCCAUCCUACCUUGGUCGUUCAACUGGUGCAUCCCAGCCAGAAGUCAAAUAAUCAUUAAUAUCCUCGCUACCCAACCCCCACACCUUCACAAACUGAAGAUUGUGAGAAGACUUGAACUAGUGAAAUCAGGCUGAUAACAGGCUGCGGGUGCACAUUGGCUUUAGAAAUACUCUGGAGUAUUACUUUUCCAAUACAAAUCAUAGAGCUUUAGAGGUGCCUUUAGCACAUCCAGUAUGGAUAUGAGGCUAAUACACAACCAUCUCUGUCUGUCCAGGAGCUGUCUGAACCUACAGUACCUGAGUCUAGCAUGCUGCCGUAAGUUCACUGAUAAAGGCUUACAGUACCUGGCCUCAGGGAAGGGCUGCCACAAGCUCAUCCACCUCGACCUCUCUGGCUGCACUCAGGUCAGUUCGAGAGAGAGAGAGAGAGAGAGAGAGAGAGAGAGAGAUAGAGAGAGAGAGAGAAGAGAGAGGAGAGAGCAGAGAGAGAGAGAGAGAGAGAGAGAGAGAGAGAGAGAGAUGAGAGAGAGAGAGAGAGAGAGAGAGAGAGAGAGAGAGAGAGAGAGAGAGAGAGAGAGAGAGAGGAGAGAGAGAGAGAGAGAGAGAGAGAGAGAGAGAGAGAGGAAUUCGUUUUAAAUUACAAAAUGUACACCCUCUCCGUCUCUCUCUCACCCCCCUACUCUCUAAUGUACUCUGUGUGUGGUGUUUUGUCCCUGCAGAUCUCAGUGGAUGGUUUCAGGUACAUAGCAGCGGGCUGCCCACUGCUCCAGCAGAUAGUCUUCAAUGACAUGCCUACUCUGUCAGACAGCUGUGUGCUGGUACGUAUGGAGCUACCAGACAACUCAUUUAGGGAGUAAGAUCAUAUUUUUUUUACCAUUGGCUACCUGUGUCUUUAAUGAAUGAAUGGACCUCUGCCUGUCACUCAGUCUGGUUUCGUCCAAUAGGAGCUGGCCUCUAAGUGUCAGUCUCUGUCUGCCAUCUCCCUAUGGGACACGCCCCAUCUCUCAGACUCCGCCUUCAAAGCCAUCGCUGAGGUGGCCAACCUCACCAAGUUCAGCGUUGAUGGUGAGUGUGUGUCAUGUCCCAUGUCUGUCUACUAGUGUUAUUUAGUUGUCUUGGCAACGAUCAUUGUGGUGAGUCUCGUUGCCAGGGUGAAGUCUACAGGGGCUCUGAUUGGUCUGUGACAUCAAACCAUGAUGCAGCAGCCAGCAGGUCAUGUUGUUGGUCAACCCUAAAACUUUUGCUAUCCUCUAACUCUUGGCCUUAUACAGUGCUGUAUCUGGCACAGGUCACUGUUAAGUGAUUAGCCAAUGAUUAUAGCUCUUCAGCCAAAGGAGAUGAUCAGUUUGUUUCUGAAGAUGUGAUUAGACAUGUAAGACAAAUGAUUAAUGUAAGACAAAUGUCAACACACGCACUUUGUUUGUUAUGGUGCGUGUUAUGACAGUAUUAUCUGUGUGUUUUUGUAGGUAAUAGUCGUAUGUCAGACAUCAGUUGGAGGGCUCUGUGUCGUAGCUCUCCAGGCCUUACUAGACUCCAUGCUGCUGACUGCCCUAGAAUGACUGACUCCAGCCUCAAGUCUAUGGGCGCCCUCAAAAACCUGGUCUACCUCAACAUCUCACACUGCAGCAGGUGUGUGUGCACGCGUGUGUUCUGUCUCUACGUUAGAUGAUAUCGGGCUGCGGUACCUGACUGCUUGUGUGUGUGUGCCCGUGUGUGUUCGUUUGUUGCAGGGUGAGUGACAUGGGGCUGCGGUACCUGACUGAAGGGCCUUCUGCCUCUAAACUGAGGGAGCUGAAUCUGAGCAACUGCAGCCGCAUCAACGACUUAGCUAUCAUGAGGGUGGCUCAGAAGUAAGGUCAUAUACAGAGCCUUCGGAAAGUACUCAGACCCCUUGACUUUUUCCACAUUUUGUUACGUUACAGCCUUAUUCUAAAAUUGAUUAAAUUGUUUUUUUUCUCUCAUCGAUCUACACACAAUACUCCAUAAUGACAAAUCAAAAAUAUUUUUUCAGAUUCUUUUACAAAAUUAUUACAAAUAAAAAACGGAAAUAUCACAUUUACAUAAGUAUUCAGACCCUUUGUUGGAGCACCUUUGGCAGCGAUUACAGCCUCAAGUCUUCUUGGGUAUGAAGCUACAAGCUUGGCAUACCUGUAUUUGGGGAGUUUCUCCCAUUCUUCUCUGCAGAUCCUCUCAAGAUUUGUCAGGUUGGAAGGGGAGCGUCGCUGCAUAGCUAUUUUCAGGUCUCUCCAGAGAUGUUCAGUCGGGUUCAAGUCAGGGCUCUGGCUGGGCCACUCAAGGACAUUCAGAGACUUGUCCCAAAGCCACUCCUGUGUUGUCUUGGCUGUGUGCUUAGGGUCAUUGUCCUGUUGGAAGGUGAACCUUCGCCCCAGUCUGAGGUCCUGAGUGCUCUGGAGCAGGUUUUCAUCAAGGAUCUCUCUGUACUUUGUUCCAUUCAUCUUUCCCUCGAUCCUGACUAGUUUCCCAGUCCCUACUGCUGAAAAACAUCCCCACAGCACAGGAUGGUGCCAGGUUUUCUCCAGACGUGAUGCUUGGCAUUCAGGCUAAAGAGUUCAAUCUUGGUUUCAUCAGACCAGAGAAUCUAGUUUCUCAUGGUCUGAGAGUCCUUUAGGUGCCUUUUGGCAAACUCCAAGCGGGCUGUCAUGUGCCUUUUACUGACGAGUGGUUCCGUCUGGCUACUCUACCAUAAAGGCCUGAUUGGUGGAGUGCUGCAGAGAUGGUUGUCGUUCUGGAAGGUUCUCCCAUCUCCACAGGGGAACUCUGGAGCUCUGUCAGAGUGACCAUCGGGUUCUUGGUUACCUCCCUGACUAAGGCCCUUCUCCCCCGAUUGCUCAGUUUGGCCGGGUGGCCAGCUCUAGGAAGAGUCUUGGUGGUUCCAAACUUCUUCCAUUUAAGAAUGAUGGAGGCCACUGUGUUCUUGGGGACCUUCAAUGCUGCAGACAUGUUUUGGUACCCUUCCCCAGAUCUGUGCCUCGAAACAGUCCUGUCUUGGAGCUCUACGGACAAUUCCUUCGACCUCAUGGCUUGGUUUUUGCUCUGACAUGCACUGUCAACUGUGGGACCUUAUAUAGACAGAUGUGUGCCUUUCCAAAUCAUGUCCAAUCAAUUCAAUUUACCACAGGUGGACUCCAAUCAAGUUGUAGAAACAUCUCAAGGAUGAUAAAUGGAAACAGGAUGCACCUGAGCUCAAGUCUCAUAGCAAAGGGUCGGAAUACUUAUGUAAAUAAGGUAUUUGUGUUGUUAAUUUUUUUAAAUUUGCAAACAUUUCUAAACACCUGUUUUUGCUCUGUCAUUAUGGGGUAUUGUGAGUAGAUUGAUGAGGAAAAUAUUUUAUUUAAUCCAUUUUACAAUAAGGCUAUAACGUAACAAAAUGUGGAAAAAGUCAAGGGGUUUGAAUACUUUCCGAAUGCACUGUAAACUCACACGCACAUACACACAGACACGCACGCACACACACACACAUGCAUAUAUUACACACUGACAGACUGGCAUGGUGUGUGUGUACAGGUGCAGUAAGCUGAACCACCUGAGUGUGGCUUACUGUGAUAACUUGUCUAAUUCUGGUCUGGAGUGGCUCAGUAGCUGUUCCUCUCUCCUCUCUCUGGACAUCAGUGGCUGCAACAUCAUGGACCAGGUAAUGCUCCCUUACCUUGCCGUGUAUGUGUGUCGUAUUACAGUUAGCUAUCUAAAACACUCCAACAACAUAACUCGUGUUUUCAGGGGCUGAUUGCUCUGGGUGGGAACCCUGGCCUGAAGAAGCUGGUUGCCUCUGAGUGUGUCUGGAUCACUGACAUUGGCAUAGAGGUACUAUGUUUACUUUGUGUUCUGCAGUCUGCACAGUACCUUUUGACUGUCUGUGACCCCUCAUUGAAAGAAUGUUAAAGGAAUUCACUUCUUAAAGUAACGUUCCUUCUCCUCUUCCUCUUCUCCUGCUCUCCCUGUGAAAGCAGAAGUUCUGCAGGCAGGCAAGAGGUCUGGAGUAUAUGGACGUGUCUCACUGUGUAGCUCUGUCUGACCAGGCCAUCAAGGCCCUGUCCUUCUACUGCAGGACUAUAGUCACGUUACGCAUGCCUGGCUGCCCAAAGGUAUAUACACACACACACACACACACACACACAUACACAUACACACACUUACCAAAAUAUCGUGCCUAUUGUCUAUGCACUCCUCCUAUCAGAUGACAGACCUGGCGGUACAGUACCUGACAGUAGGGCGUCACUUCCUGAGAGAGCUGGACGUGAGUGGCUGUGUUCUCCUGACUGAUCGCACACCACGCUUCCUACAGACAGGCUGCCCACAGCUCAACACCAUCAACAUGGUCUACUGCAGGGGAAUAUCCAAGUAAGACACACAUGCACACACUUCAACUGAACAACAUGUCCAGAAGCUAAAGAUGUAACACUGGGAGCACAGUAACGACGUGUGUGUGUGUGUGUGUGUGUGUGUGUGUGUAGGCAGGCGGCUCUGAGGCUCCAGCCCUGUGUUGAGAAGUGGGAGCACAGUAACGAUGACGCCCCCUACUGGUUUGGCUAUGACAGUCUUGGCCAGCUGCUGCAGCCAAUCGGACGACCCGACAAGAUCCAGGACACCUGGGAGGAAGAGGAGCCUGCACCAAGAAACAACAACAAAAAGAGGAAUUCGAUAAAGGCCUGUGGAGAGGACUACGAUUACACAGCAUGA